GCUGCUGUGUUUACAAGCUCAUGCAUUGACAGGGAAAUAAAACUCAACUCUUUUUUGGAUUAAACCGAGUUCUCUGAUUGACUACAGACAUGAGACUACGAGGUUUCCUGUGCAUUGUUGCUGGAAUUGCUGUAAUCCUGCUGAUAUGGGGAGUCUCCAUCAGUCCAUCCAACAUACAUGAUAUUGUGAGACAGAUUAUUCUUGGAAUUCCACAGAAAGUAGCACACCCAACCACUGCACCUAAACCCGCGAUAAAAUGCAACCUGUCCAGACGCUGUCCACCUGACCACUUUGCUUUCCAUAUCAUAAGCGGAGCAGCUGACGUUGUUGGGCCUAAUAUCUGCUUUGAGGGUAAAAUCAUCAUGAGCAAUCUGUUGAAUAACGUGGGAUUAGGGCUGAACAUGGUGCUGGUGAAUGGUGAAAAUGGGGUGAUUGAAAAGUUUGACUAUCUUAAUAUGAAAGAUGGAAACCCAAAGGACAUCCUGGCAUAUCUGAAGGCAAUCAAACCUGGAACAAUUGUUCUGGUGGCGUCGUUUGAUGAUGUGACCCCAAAAAUGACAAAUGAAAUGAGGGAGAUAUUUGUUGGAUUGGGAAGCAGCCUGAUCAAGUCUGUGAAACGCAGAGAUACCUGGGUGUUCGCUGGAGGUGGUGGGACAAGCAAGAACAGCCCCUUCGAAAAGCAAGCCGUCAGUGAUGAGAAAACCAACAUUUAUGGAGCAUGGCCGGAGAUGGUUGAGGUAGCUGGCUGUUUUCCCAGGAAAUCCUAAUUGAUGGACUGCCCGCAAAGGACACUGACGGGGGAUUGUAGACUUAGCUUAAGAUUUUCUUUUCUGUUUUUGUUGUGUCACCUCUAAACAUGUU